AUGUCAAUUUCAACCAAAUUUGACAAUUUUAUGACCUUGGUUAGAAUAUUACAAUAUAUUCAAUUGAACUGGAAAUUCCAUCUUCAAGUUUAACAAAAAAUAAGGAAAUCCCUGAACAGGGAAAUUUUAAUUAGGCCUAAAGCCUUAAAACUUUUCCUGGCAUAAUUGACAAAGAAUCCAGUUAACUGUCCAAUGUCAUUCAUGAAUUGUGCAUAAAUAUCAGAUAUUCAAUUCUUCAAUAUGACACUUAGAAUUUUUCAUAUCAGACAUUGAAAAGAGAAAUGAAAUGAAGUCCAAGAUAAUGGUGUCACUAGUAUAAGGCAACCAAGAAAAUAUAUCUGUAGAGCGUUGACCUUCGAAAACAAGUAGCCAUGGCUAAUGUUUGUAUCCAGAUGUGUGAGUCUAUGUACCAGAUCCCCAGCCGUGUAUUGUGUUUCUUUAUCAUCAUGUUACAGGGAGGCAUUUUAGACUAUUACCUGAUCUCACAUAAAACUGUGUAUUGGUAUGGAUGGGUUGCUGCAGAUGUUGCCAUAUUAUUUGUGUUCAUAGUAGCUUUCAUUAUUUCGUAUCGCCAUUUGUUAAUAGUUCGCCAGUCUUCUAAUUCCCAAGCUACAGUACAAGCAGGAAGUCUUCCGCUAGGUUAUUUCGCCUGGUUUGUGUACUCUAUUGCCUUAGUAGCUAGAGUUGCUAUAAUUUUCAGCGACUUUGCACAAUUUUUAGUUGAAGCAGACUUUUUUGGACCAAACACCUUGAAAGUUACUAUUUCAUUGGCAUGUGCUGUUUUCUUACUGUUACUGAUGAUGCACCAUGAUGCAGAACCAGGAACCAUGAGAAUGCAUCGGAUCUCGGAGUUCAGUGGCACCGUUGUUUUUGACAUUUUAGAUUCCGUAGAUAUGUUAGACGUUUUAUUUGAUCCAAAAGAUAGAUUUGAUUUACCGUCUGGAAUGUGCAUGGCGAUCAUCUCCAUUUCCUGUAUCAAUUUCAUACUACCAAUAUUUCCACUGAUGACAUUGAGCAACUCUCAUUUUGGAUACAAGAACACAUCCGAAUCUCUCUUGAUUUUACACAAGCUACUUUUAAUUUUCGUUGUUAAUUUACCUUUACUUAUCAUGAGGUUGUUGAUAUGGCAUGUUGUUCAGAAGGACAUAUCUAUUUUUAUUGUAAAAAACUUAUUGGUUAUUAUUGUAAAUUUUUAUCAGCUGUAUGAAAAUGAGGUCAGAAAAUACAAUCGAACUCAAUCAGGUGACGAAACAGACGCUGGAGAAGAGAUUAAGAUGGAAAUAAUAGAGGAAUUGUAAAGAUUUAUUUAUAUUCUAUGAAUUCUAGUCUGCUAGUUAUUUGGUUUAAAUGGUUACAUGUGUUUGUUGAUGUAAAGGUAACCAAGAUAUCUGUGUUUUUUUUUGUAACAGUGCAUUGUGUACAAAAGUACAAAAAAAAAUAUCUGUUGUGUUUUUUUUUUUUUUUGUGGUUGUUUUUUGUAUUUUUAAAAAUAGUACAGCAUUUAACCAAACAUUUUUUUUUAAAGAUUUCCCAUUAAUGUUUUUUGUGUUGGUCAGUUCCCUUCUUUUUAUGGAGAAGAUUUUUGUAAAAAGUAAUUUUUAAAUGACUAGGAUGUGACAAAAUAGCUAUAUUGUUUAGAUCUGUACAUUUCAUAACUAUUCAAUCAUUUUCUGUUCUGUUCAAA